UGUUAUUGUUGUUUCUUUAUUCACUCGAAAAAUCUACAACUAUUCAAUUAUUUACUUGCCUUCACAAUUAACAAUUUUAUCAAGCACUGUAAAAUAAAGCAACGUGCAUUAUCUUGCAAAUAUUUUCAUCCAAUAAUAUGUUGCAGAGCAGCAUGAAUGAGCAGAAACAAACAAAAAAAUAAAAAAAAAAUAACGGUUUAUUUUUGCAUAAAAUUUGUUCUCUUUACAGUAAUCACACAUCUGCGCUACGUUUGACAGAGGGGGUCCUACACUUUAGAGAUGUUUAAUAUUGCACCCUUUAUUCCAAAAGUAACAGUUUCUAUACUACAGCCUUGAUUGAAAUUGCUCAUCCUAUAUACUAAAUCGUUUAUUGAUGCCCUUUCUUAAAGUACAUCAAAGCACUGCAUGCAACCGAAGAAGAUUUCUCGCUGCCCUACAGUCAUUCGCAAUUUGGAGUUGUGCUUAUGGUUGAUGUCGUAGGCUUCAGCACUCUCACUUCAAUGGCGCUUGAAAAAGGAGAUUCUGGAGCAGAAGCUAUUGCAAUGGAAAUAGGUGCCUAUAUGGGAGAGUGCAUCCAAAUAAUCGAGUUUUACGGAGGAGACGUUGUCAAGUUUCUAGGUGACGCUGUACUUGUAUGUUUUCAACCUAUGCGCACAACAGAGAGGAAGAGUUCAAACGACUCAAAUGUCAACGAAGAGAGUGAACUCACAGAGAGACAAAAGAACCUGCUUGUUCGAAAAAGUAUGGAAUGCGGCUUACAAUUACUCGCCAGACUAUCGCAUUAUACUGUGUAUUUAACUGCAGAGGAAAGAACGAAACACAGAAGACCAAGUGUUGAAUUAAGGAAUAUGAAUAAUAACCGAACAAUGUACGAUAAGAGGACGCCUGAUAUAGCAGCCACGGAAAGAAAAAAAUCAGAAAGCGAUAGAAAUGAAGCAACAACGUCAACAUCUAAGGACAGUCAUUUUCUAUCAAUGGAGAGUCUGUUUCCAUUUUGGAAGAAACAAGGGCAUAAGGGUAGGCAAAGACAUAGGCGGUCUAGUGAUAGCAGCAAUUUAUCAGGAACAACGAAUACUGCAGCUUCUUCAAUCUAUUCAGUCAAACUAGAAUUACAUAUGGCAUUGUCUUGUGGAGAUAUCAUUAAUAUAAUCCUGGGUGAUAUGCCCAACGAAGCAGAAAUACUGCGGCAUCCCAGUAUUUACCCUCAAAUUCGAUCUUACGGCGAUAGUCAGAGCGCAAAGCCUAUAGUUGAUGAGUAUUUUUUUGACUAUAGGGGUAGACUAGAGUAUGCUAUAGGUGGGGAUGUGGUCGAUGCUCUUGAUGAAGCUUUAUCUACUGCAAAAGCAGGUGAACUAGGUCUUACGGCUACAGCUUACGAUAUCAUUAAACGCCAAUCAUUCAAUCUCAAUUUUGAGCGAAGAGGACGCUUUUUCGUCAUCAGUAAUAUUGUUGAAGGUCAAGAUCACUCAGUUCGUAAAAGCAGUUACCCUCAUCCGCCUUCUCUCCGCCCCAACACAAAUAACAUUCUCAAAAAGUAUCCCCCGCCUAAUAAUAUGGAAUAUCUUAAAGCAUUACCAGGUGUGAAAGUGGAAGCAUCCGGUAUUACUAUGGAACCACUCAUACCAAGGGUCAGAAACACUUUUUUGAAUUAUCUACCGGCAGAAGCAAAUCCGAUUUAUUGUAAAUAUGUGAAUAGAAGCGCACUCUACCGUAUGCAACAUAGCGUAGGUGGACAUAUACCCGCACAAUUCCGUGAAGUAACCAUCAUGUUUAUCAGUCUUGGUAAAACACAUGUUGCCAGCAGUGAGGGCCUUUUAAAGGCACAGCAAGCUGUCUUGGUGGCUAUACAGGCGCUUGUGAAAUUUGAAGGAAUGUUACAGCAGUUUGCAAUAGAUGAUAAAGGCGCAACAUUAUUAGCAGUAUUUGGAUUGCCACCUCUUUCACAUGAACGCGACGCUUUAUUCGCAGCAAAAGCUGCUCUAGAAAUACGCGAGCAAUAUUUAGGGCUUGGCUUCCGUGGAUUUGCAAUAUCACUAUCGACGGGUGUCAUCUUCACUUCAGUUAUACCUCCAGCUGAUCCCUACAGAAAGGAUGCCAGCAUUGCUGGGGAUACCAUCGUGGUGGCCGUCCGUAUGCUUAAAUUCCAAUUUUCAGUGGAAAAUGUUGUUUGUGAUAUUGCUACCCGAAAACAAAUUGGCGGUUUGUGCGAGUUUGAAGAUUAUGGUGAAAACUUUGUGAAAGGAAAACCAAAGCCUAUACAAAUAUUUGGUAUAUCCAGAUUUGGCCCUCCUGAAAGAGACAAACGAAUUUCAGUGCUUAGUUUGGAAACCUCAAACGACUUUAUUGGCUACAAGACAGAAAUGCUAACAGCAACUGAUUUUAUAGAUGAUUGGAUCAAUGCACCUAAUCAUCAUUUAAUUGUUGUGUCAGGUCCUUCUGGUGUUGGUAAAAGCUUUUUUUGUAAUAAUCUUUAUCAAGCUAUUACAUCGCAUGGUGUGUUUAGUUGUUGGUCAUCUUCUGCCGAAGUGGAGAAGAGUAGUAAAUAUUACUUGCUAAAAGAUAUAAUGUUGGCCGUGUUUGAGAUGAUUGAUUCCGAUAGAAUUCCCUUCAAGACCAAAGCCAAACAUGAGGAUCGAGAUGCGGCUAUUGAUAGAUCUAGCUAUCAAUCACUCGGUCAUUCGUCAAUGGGAACUUCCUCUGAUUCUACAAACUCCAAUCCCUCUUCAACAAGUUUGCGAGAUAAUAAAGACUGGUACAAGCGCUUUGCUUAUGGGACUAUGCCAGUUCCUACAUUAGGGAAUACUACAGAGAAUAUGGAGUUUACAAAGGAGAUUGUUAACUUGAUAUCCAGAUGUUUAUACAAAUGUGGGGAAGAAGCAGGUUAUCUGCCAUUAUUCAAAGUAAUAUUCACUGCAUUAACUGAUGUCGCGGAAAACAGAUAUACAAGACUAUUAGAUGGCCGAGCCAGAGAUAUUCUCUUGGCUGGCGUAAUCGUUAGAAUGAUGCACCAUGUAUCUAAGCAUGUAGGUUUAGUUAUUAUAUGCGAUGACGUACAAUGGGCAGAUACUACUUCUGUCAAGAUAUUACAGCAAAUUCACUGUAAUUGCCAAAAAGCAAUGAUUAUCAUGGCUACAAGGCCUAUCAAGGAUUACAAUGUGACAUUUAUUGAGGACUUUAGAACUGUCGGAUCGCAUAUCGAAAUUUCAUUGAACGGCUUGAAUAACUGUGAAAUUGGAGAGAUCAUCCUUCAAAAUUUUGAUAGUGGCGUGAACGAGAUUAGCCCAGAAAUUGUCAGUGUUAUACAGAAGAGAACAGGUGGAAACCCUUUAUACGUUAAGAAUAUGGCAAUUAUUCUCAAGGAUUUUAACCAUGUGACAGUCGUAGAAGGUGAACUGGUACCAAGCAGCAACAGUUUCGAUUUGGAGGAUCUUCUAGGAAAUUUUGAUUACAAACGCAUCAUAAAAAUGCAAUUUGAUCGUCUAGAUACUAAUUUUCAAGAGUUCUUAACUAUUGCCUGCUGCCUCGAUCAGUAUUUCAAUCUGUUUGAAGUUGGCUCAGUCGUCAGUGAGCAUAAUCGAAUAUAUAACGACAGGAAGCCAGAAGAGAUACAAAGAACAAUACAGAGUCUGGACGUGUAUAAUUUUCUACAGCAGGUACAUAGUGGGGAUCUAUCAGAAGGUCAUAUUGCUGUCUACACCUUCGCGCAUAUAACUAUUCCUCACAGUAUUUACGAUAUGGUUUCAUAUGAGGCUCGAAUUUUCCGUCAUCGAGCAUUAGCAAAAUACUACGAAAGCCAAUUAAACAAAGACAAUUAUAUACAGCUGCUGGGGAAAAUCACUAGGCAUUAUAUGCAGACAGAUAACGUAGCGAAACAAUUAUAUUACUUAGAAGCCUUGGCGGACCUCAAUAUGCAAACCUUCCAAUUACCGGAAGCAACACUAAAUUUACAAAAAAUUGUCGAGAUUUUAGAUCUGAACGAUAAACUAUUAAACCAGUUUGGUGAGCUCCAUUUGAGUGACAUUUACCGCCGUUUGGGCAUUUGCUAUACUAUGCGAACGAUGCUUAAAGAAGGCGAAACUUACCUGUUCAAAGCGCUAGAGAUUCUUGGCCAUCCUUGGCCCAAUUCUGAACCUCAGUUUCUAUACAAAUUUUACAAGAACCGCUUAAGACAAUAUCAACACCGUCGAUGGGGCAUUUUGAGAGAGUACUCAAGCAAAUUACGAAGAGAGCAAGGGGAGCGGCAGGCCGAAAUUAUGGCUCAAUUGUCCAAUAUAUACUUAUACACUGGCAAUGGCAGAGAUUUCAUAUAUGCUUGUUUAGUAGGACUAAACGAAUGCGAAAAAUUAAGAGACUUUGGUUCUAUCUACACACUGUUUUUAGGGAGAAACGCAUUGCUAUGUUGGUUGAAUGAUGACAAAACGAAUAGUAUCCAUUAUAUUGCAAAAGCACUGCGGCAAACGGAAAACAACAAAACUGACUCGGGGAUGCUAACCAUCUGUGCACUCUUAUGCUUCGCAGCUGGAAAGUUUUCUAACGCUAGAGACUUACUAUACCAAUCGAUCGAAGCCUGUAAAACUCUUGGAACUGUAACAGAUUGUCAAGCCUUUUAUAGAUCCGUUGGAUUAGUCGUAACGAUGCGCAUCUUCGAGGGGGUUUUUAACCGAUCCUCAACAGAUUUAGCUUUAUUAAAACAAAUGGCAGAAACUGCUCACGCGAAUGGAGAUUUUGAGGCUGAAAUAUGGCUUGGUGUCUAUAACAUUGCAAAUGCGAUUGUGGUUGAUCGUAUAGGCGAUUGUGCGCCUUACGUAUCUUUAUUGGAGACGCACGUAAAGGAAGCUGCAGUUUACAAUCGAAUUGCUAUUCAUGGUACUCUUGUAUGCUACUAUGCAAGAAUCCAUAUGUAUGAAUCAUCCAAACGACAUAUUCAAAAGCUAAUACAUGUUUUGCCUUCUCUGACGAUAACCCCAAAUAUAUUCCCCAUUUUUGGACUGAUUUUUGCUACCAUGGGAUUUUAUUCUUUGGUGGAAAGUGGACAGAUGGACAUUUCAUUUGAUGGAAGUGUCAGUAGUUACGAUAAAUUCAUUUUUGGGGUGUCUAGAUUGAAUCAUGCCUUUCAGCAAGUAAAAUUUUGGGAAUUUACGCAACCCUGUCUGUACCUAGCGAGAGCGCUUCCGUAUGUUGCAACAAAACGCAUUGUAGAAGCUUACAUGGUGUUGCGACAUGGAAUUCUUGAAAUGCACUUCAUACAAGAGAUAAAAUUUUUGAAAGCAUACUAUUGGGCUAAUCUGGGAAAACUUGCUUUCGCUCCAGAAGAUCGUAUAGAAUGGACCGAAAGAGCCAAAAAAGAUUUUGAGGUGCUUGGAAUCCCCCAUGAUACUUAUUGUAAUCCAGAACCUGUCAAUUAUUAUCAUCGUGGUUUAAUGGCUGAUUUGAUCAAAAGACCAUACAACGAAGAAAGCUCUGAUUAAACCUUCUACUGUAAAUGAGCGAGCAUCAGUAAUUAACAGUGGUAUUCAUAAAAUGUAAAGAAUCCAGUAAAGUGAUAACUGAAUGCAGCUGUAAGAAUGAAGCUUUGUAAUUUAAUAAAUUGUGUCGAAUUCAU